AUGGAGCUUAAAGCCCUCACCUUCAAGCUUGUAUUCUUCCUCAUCUUCUCUCCCACCAACUCUGUACAAACAGAAGCCAAAAGUCAAGAAAUAAAAGGGAUGUUCGUGUUUGGCAGCUCUUUAGUCGAUAAUGGCAACAACAACUUCUUGAAGAACUCAAGCGCGAAGGCAGAUUACUCUCCUUAUGGCAUAGAUUUCCCUCUUGGUCCUUCGGGUAGAUUCUCCAAUGGAAGAAACGCCAUUGAUGUGCUUGGUGAGCUUCUCAGUCUUCCCUGCUAUAUUCCACCUUUUGCUGACCCGAAGACCCGUGGGAGAAGGAUUGUUAAUGGAGUCAACUAUGCAUCAGGGGGGUCGGGAAUACUUGAUGAAACCGGAGAAUUGGCAGGUGAAGUGGUCAGUUUAAGCCAGCAAAUAAGGAACUUUAAAAAUAGAACUCUACCAGAUUUUGAGGCUCAGACCAGAGGAAGAUGCAAAGGCAGAUUUUCUAAUGAAUACCUAUCAGACUACUUGUUUGUUGUUGGAACAGGUGGAAAUGAUUACUUGCUGAACUAUUUUGCACCCGCUAAGAAGCAAAAACCUUCACUCUCACAGUUUACAGAGGUUCUCGUGUCGAAAUUGACACGACAGCUCAAGAAACUCUACAGACAUGGAGCUAGAAAAUUUGUUCUCUUCUCUAUCCAACCAAUUGGUUGCAUACCAGUUGCAAGAGCAAACCUACAAAUAAGCAAUGGAAGCUGCAUCGAGGCCCUGAAUGAAGCAGCUCUUCUAUUCAACAAGCUUCUUAAAUCAAAAGCUCUCAGCUUGAAGCACAAAAUGCCUGGCUCCAAUCUUAUCUUCGUCAACUCCUAUAAUAUUAUAAGAUCCAUCAUAGACAAUCCUCACGCUCAUGGAUUUUCUGAUGCAAGUCGAGGUUGCUGUGAGCUCUCAGCAGAUAAAGGAGAGGGUAUACUGUGCAAGAGAGGAGGAACAACAUGCAGUAAUCGAACAAGCCAUGUAUUCUUUGAUGGCCUUCACCCUACCGAUGCUGUGAAUUUGAGGAUAGCACAAAAGGCUUAUAGUUCUAGUCUUUUGGAAGAAGCCUAUCCCACCAAUGUGAAAAAAUUAGUUUAUAUGUAGUUUGGCAUAGUUUGGUUUGUUUUGGUUGUUAGGUA